CAGUGGGCUCGGGGCAUGUCAGGAGCGCCCUCGGAAUCGAAGCGCGGAGGCCGGGGCAGCCGGGGGGACGACGUUUCUGCGCGCGGGGGCGGGGCCUGCGGGGCGGGGUGGAGCUGCGGGCGGAGUGCGGCCAUGCUGGGUGUGCGCGGCGGGCUGGCGGCGGCGCUGUGGCUCAGACGCGCGCGGGCGCCCUUGGGUGCUACUCGCUGCCUGCACUCGGCGGGGGCGCGGCGGGCGGCCGGCGAAAGCGAGACUGCGGCGCCUGUCGGCCUGGACCCGGUGUUGCUGGACUUCCUGGUGUGCCCGCUCUCCAAGAAGCCGCUCAGAUAUGAAGCAUCGACAAACGAAUUGAUUAAUGAGGAGUUGGGGAUUGCCUAUCCCAUCAUUGAUGGGAUUCCUAAUAUGAUCCCGCAGACCGCGAGGAUGCUAAAGCAAGAUAAGAAGCAAGAACAAAGAGAGGAGCACUAGAGCUUAAUCAGAGACAGCAAUAACUCAAAUUUUAGUCCCUUGUAUUGAAUAAAGCAUCGGGGUGGCAGGUA